UGCGGCCCCGCCCCCAUCAGACAGUCCCCCCUGCCGCGAGGUAAAGUCACUCAAACUUGCUCUGUCUGUCUGCUUAUUCCAGUGGACCUGUGACUCUAGAGCACAAGCCCCAUUCUUACCACAAGAGAGUAUGAACGUGUGACGGAAGUGUGUGAGUGUUUCAGAGGGCGUGUGAGGGAGAGUGAAGUGCUUUCGGACUUUGGGGCCGGUAGACUCGGACAGACUGUGGUGCAGUGACUGCAGGGCACUGAAGACAGCUGUGAACAUGAUCAGAGUCCAGCUGCUGCUACUGCUGGCCUUGGCAGGACACCUGUGCACCAUCUCACAUGCAAGGACACUUGUUGGAGUUGGACAAAUAGCAGCAGAGGCUGAAAAUGUGGAACUACCUAUAGCCCCUAAUGUAGUUGACAUUGUCAAUGAGAAAGCUGCUGCAUCCACUCAGGACCAAGAUCCUCCUGCCAACCCAGCUGCUUCAAUGGAAAAGCCUGUUCCCAAAGAGGCUCCAACUGCACCAGAGGAAGAGCCUGUUCCUGUAGAGGCUCCAGAUGCACCAGAGGAAGAGCCUGUUCCUGUUGAGGCUCCAGGUGCACCAGAAGAAGAGCCUGUACCUGAAGAGGCUCCAGCUGCACCAGAAGAAGAGCUUGUUCCUGUAGAGGCUCCAGCUGCACCAGAAGAAACGCCUGUUCCUGAAGAAGCUCCAGCUGCACCAGAAGAAGACUCUGUUCCUGUAGAGGCUCCAGCUGCACCAGAAGAAGACUCUGUUCCUGUAGAGGCUCCAGCUACACCAGAAGAAGAGCUUGUUCCUGUAGAGGCUCCAGCUGCACCAGAAGAAGCGCUAGUUCCUGUAGAGGUUCCAGCUGCACCAGAAGAAGAGCCUGUUCCUGAAGAGGCUCCAGCUGCACCAGAAGAAGAACCUGUUCCUAUAGAGGCUGCAGUUGCACCAGAAGAAGAGCCUGUUCCUGUAGAGGCUGCAAUUGCACCAGAAGAAGAACCUGUUCCUGUAGAGGCUCCAGCUGCACCAGAAGAAGCGCUAGUUCCUGUAGAGGCUCCAGCUGCACCAGAAGAAGAGCCUGUUCCUGUAGAGGCUCCAGCUGCACCAGAAGAAGCGCUAGUGCCUGUAGAGGCUCCAGCUGCACCAGAAGAAGAGCCUGUUCCUGUAGAGGCUCCAGUUGCAUCAGAAGAAGAACCUGUUCCUGUGGAGGCUCCAGCUGCACCAGAAGAAGAGCUUGUUCCUGUAGAGGCUCCAGCAGCACCAGAAGAAGAGCUUGUUCCUGAAGAGGCUCCAGCUGCUUCAGAGGAGGAAGUUAUUGCAGUUGUCCCGGAGGAAGAAACUGUUCCAGAGGAAGAAGCUGCUCCAGUUUCUCAAGAAGAAGAAACUGUUUCAGUGGAAGAAGCUGAUCUGGAAGUAAAAGUUGUUCCAGUUGUCCCUGAGGAAGAACCUGUGAAAGAGGAAGACGCUGCUCCAGUUUCUCCAGAGGAAGCAGUUACUCCAGUUUCUCAAGACGAAGAAGCUGUUCUGGACCCAGAAGGUCUUCCAGUUGUCCCUGAGGAAGAACCUUCCACUGAAGAGGCCCCAGCUGCCCCAGAGGAAGAACCUGUCCCAGCUGCACCAGAAGAACAGACUGUCCCUGAAGAGGUCCCUUCUGCCCUCCCCACAGAGGCCCCUGUCCCACCCACAGAAGCUCAAACUGAAGCCCAUGCUGCCGCAACAGACCCUGUUGUUGUCCCCCCGGAGGUAAAAACUGAGGCACCUCCACCGAAAGUGAUCCCUAUAUGCGUGCCUGCCCCAGAGCCUGUUCCCUCCUCAAAUAGCACUGAUGAGGUUGAAAAAACAGUCCUUCUGCUGGAGGAAAAACCUGCAGGUGUGAGCAGGGGCCUGGUUCUGGGCACUGUAUUUGGUCUGCUGGUGUCUCUGAUCGCAGUAGGCUCAGCAGGGAAGGUGGUUUCAAGCAAGGUGGGCAGAUACACACCCUGAGGAGGGAAGCCAGCUGACAGGAAGGACUACCAAGUGUGCUGGAAACUACUGAACUAUGUCAUUUCCUGUCAUGAUGCAAAUGUUCCUGCGUCUCCAGGACACUGGACUGCUAAAGCAGGGAGACGUUACCCACCCCACCCCAAGGGUGGACACUGAAUGUAACACUGAACUUCAGGGUCCUUAAGUUGCAUUUUACAUAAGUAUGAUUGUCCUGCAGCAGAAAGGUAAUGUGUUGAUUGAUUUGUGUUAACUGUAUGCCCUUGUACAUUGUGUUUCUCUGAAGAGGAAAGCUAUUUUCCUGACUGGUUUCAUUAAAAAAGAACAAAAAUGAAAGUAUAGUUCAUUAGGCUGAUUAUACGGGGUGUAUCAUAACUAAGGACUACAAUAUUUGUAGAUUGGUUGUUUUGGCUUAUUAUACCAGGAAUGCAAAGAACAACUGUUUUUUAAAAAUUAUCUGAAUUUCAACAGUACUUGGGGUUUAUUAUCAAUGACAUGGCCAUAGAAUGUGUACAGUUCUGAUCCAGACCAGCCCCAUUUAAAGUACAUUUGAUCAGGCAGUUGGAUAUGAACUAAUGUGUGGAUAUGGACUUUCUUAGGAGUACAAGUUAAUCUGGGUUACAGAAGUUUAAACGUAUACAAGUACAUGUGAGAUUUAGCAGGAGGACUACAGACAUACAGACUGAUCACAAUGAAGUGCACAACUGUGAAGUCAAUUUCAAACCCAUUCAUUCCACUGGUAUAAAUGGUUGCAGGUAUUCAUUGGAAUAGUUUCCAUAUAUGUGUCAUUACAUAUUGCAUGCAAUGUUACAUGUAUGAUUGUUAUUAUGGCUACAAUUUUGUUUCAGAGGUCAUGAAUCCUUGGAAAGCCUGACAAUUGGUAAUACAAGCAUUAGAGUGAGCUUCAUAAUGUUUGGGACAAAGACAUUUUUUGUUGAUUUGGCUCUGUACUCCACAAUUUUAGAUUUUACAGCACUUUUUAUACAUAGCUCCCCAUUUCAAGGCAUUAUUUGGGACAUAUUAAUGUUACGUACAUGAAGGUAGUCAUGUUUAGUACUUUGUUGCAUAUCCUUUGCAUGCAACAACCGCUUCACCAGGUACUAAGUAUCUUCUCUGGUGAUGUUCUGCCUGGCCUGUACUGCAGCUAUCUUCAGCUCCUGCUUGCUUUGGGGCCUAGUUGCCUUAGUAUGCCUUUAGCAUAUGAAACACGUGUUCAUUUGGUUUCAGAUUUGGUGAAUAACUUGGCCAGUCAAGAAUGUUCCUGUUUUUAGCUUUGGAAAACUCCCUUGCUGCUUUAGUGGCAUGUUAGUGAUAAUUUUUUUGCUGAAGGAUGAAGCCCUGUCCAAUGCCAAUUCCAAUUUCUUUCUCCUUAAUAAUGUUCCAAACAGCUCAUUUUGGCAAUCAUAUCAUUUGACCUAUGUCUCUGGCAGUUUUUUUUAUUUUUUUUUUCUCAGCCUUCCUUGACUUUAAUUAUCACAACUCUGGUCCUCAUGUUGACAAAUGCCAAGAACAGACUCCAAAUACCCUUAAAUAAAAGCAGAGAAUGUGCACUUUAACCACGUGUGAAUUGUUUGAUCAAUCAUUAAAUCAAUCAUAAACUUUUUUCAUUAAAUAACUUAAAUAAUAAUUUUAAAAAUAUGUUUUGUGUGUACUCAGUUUCCCACUGUCUAAUAUUACAUUUUGUCUAAAGAUCUGAAAUGUGUGUGACAAAUAUGCUAUAAUUGAGGAGAUAGGGGGCAAAUAUUUUUUUCACAGCACUGUAUAUAUUAUAUAAUUAUUUAUACAUAUUAUUUAGCCAAGUAGGUAAUGUUGAGUAGUUUUCCUUGACCCUGCUACUGAGGGGAUGCAUAGUGAGCUGUCAGUUACUUAGGUUUCACUGAGCUGCUGUUUGAAAAUUGAUCUGGAUUUGACAUCAUUCAAAUUUUCGGGUGUUAUCUGAAGCAUAUACAGAAGGAUACAAAGGAUAUAAACUUUUAAAAUUAUUUCUAUUUAUUGGAGCACAUCAGUAAUACACACAUAUUCAGCUUUGUUAAGGGAAAUUACUUAUUAAUGUAGCAGAAUACACUGCAGAUUAAAUGUAUAUCUUAAAUUUCAGCCAAAGAUCAUAAUUACUAGACUAAUUUAGCAGCUGAAUUAGACCUACUUAAAUGGGAGCUCACUGGGAAUUUAAAAAGAACAGACUGAAUAAUGUGGCCCCAGGUCAGGGUGGGGAAGCUGAUAUCACAAGAUUCAAUCGCUCAUUUACCUGAAGGCCAUGGGUUCAAAGCCUAGAUAAGAAAUAUGAUGUUGCAUCUCUGUGGAAGGCAGUUCAUCGUAAAUGCACACAUUGAAAGUAUAGCUUCCCUGGAGGCAAAGCAAAUCUAAUAAAGGAAACUGUUUGGAACAACUCAACUCAGGGCCCUAGUUUUCCCUUUUCCAUGUCCUUUGCAUGUUAAUGUUGGUCUGUGAUUGUGUUAUUAUGCAACUUGCAGUGGUGUUGUUUGUAUUUUGUUUCAAUAAAAAGUGAAAAACAACCCUUA